AUGGAGGUAGGAUGGAGGAUCGAAGCGGUUGCAACGAGUCUGCCGAUUGUCCUGAAGCCGAAGCCCGCCACGGUCAGACUGGUUGAGAUUGAAGUAGAUGGUCGAUGUGGAGGAUGGAUGAUCGAGGUGGGAUGGAGGAUCGAAGUGGUUGCAACCAGUCUGCCGAUUGUCCUGAAGCCGAAGCCCGCCACAGCCAGACUGGUUGGGAUUGGAUUUGGAGGUGGAGGUUGA